CUGAUAUGGUUGCCAAGCCGUUCAUGCUUCUCACUCUGCUUGUGAUUGUAAAUGAUUCUGCAGCAUGAGUUGCUUUGUCUUUGAUUUAAUGUUUCAUAACAUUUGAGUGUUAUGUUAUCUGUGCUAAUUUGUUGUUCUCUUCUCUUACUUUUCAGAAUGGACUGCUGAAUUAUGAAGUAUUUCAGACCCAAUAGUAGAACAUCACUCUGCCACUCACUCCUUUAUCUCCUACUAGUUAUUUAAAUUGGACUUUUAAUAUCCUACCAGCUGCUCUUCAGACACACAUGGUGCAUUGUUGCCAUUCCCCAGAUUGCAUCUUUGAAACACAGGCUCUUGGUAACCUUCAGCGAACAAAGAGGCAACCUCCCAGAUACGUCUGCUGGGAGGGAGUCAUCCUGACUGCCCUCUAGCUUUUGCUGGAUCUGGAUUUGAAUUCCAUCAUGGAGCCUCGCAUGGAGUCCUGCCUGGCGCAGGUGUUGCAGAAGGAUGUUGGGAAACGAUUGCAGGUUGGCCAAGAACUGAUAGACUAUUUCUCAGAUAAACAGAAGUCUGCUGACCUUGAGCAUGACCAGACCAUGUUAGAUAAACUUGUGGAUGGGCUUGCUACCUCUUGGGUGAACUCUAGCAAUUACAAGGUGGUUCUGCUGGGCAUGGACAUCCUGUCCGCCCUCGUGACCCGGCUGCAGGAUCGGUUCAAGGCGCAGAUCGGCACAGUGCUGCCAAGUCUAAUAGACAGACUAGGAGAUGCUAAAGACUCUGUGAGGGAGCAGGACCAAACGCUGCUGCUAAAGAUCAUGGAUCAAGCUGCUAAUCCCCAGUACGUAUGGGACAGAAUGCUUGGAGGCUUCAAACACAAGAAUUUCCGUACCCGUGAAGGAAUCUGUCUCUGCCUUAUAGCAACACUCAAUGCCUCUGGAGCACAGACUUUAACACUAAGCAAGAUCGUGCCACAUAUAUGCAACUUACUUGGGGAUCCAAACAGCCAGGUUCGAGAUGCAGCAAUAAACAGCUUAGUGGAAAUUUACAGACAUGUAGGAGAACGUGUGAGGGCAGAUCUCAGUAAAAAAGGAUUGCCACAGUCCCGGUUGAAUGUAAUUUUUACGAAAUUUGAUGAAGUCCAGAAAUCUGGAAACAUGAUCCAAUCUGCAAAUGAUAAAAAUUUUGAUGAUGAAGAUUCUGUGGAUGGUAACAGACCUUCCUCUGCUAGUUCUACGUCAUCCAAGGCUCCACCAAGUUCUCGGAGAAACGUCGGAAUGGGAACCACCCGCCGGCUUGGUUCAUCCACCCUUGGAUCCAAGUCUUCAGCUGCAAAAGAAGGAGCUGGUGCUGUUGAUGAAGAGGAUUUUAUUAAAGCAUUUGAUGAUGUACCUGUAGUACAGAUUUAUUCCAGCCGAGACCUUGAGGAAUCCAUAAACAAAAUCAGGGAAAUAUUAUCUGAUGACAAGCAUGAUUGGGAGCAAAGAGUAAAUGCUCUAAAAAAGAUUAGAUCUUUACUUUUGGCUGGUGCUGCUGAGUAUGAUAACUUCUUUCAACAUUUGCGUCUUUUGGAUGGAGCCUUUAAACUCUCUGCUAAGGAUCUGCGGUCUCAGGUAGUGCGGGAGGCUUGUAUCACGUUGGGGCAUCUGUCAUCAGUUCUGGGGAAUAAGUUUGACCAUGGAGCUGAAGCCAUUAUGCCAACUAUAUUUAAUUUAAUUCCAAACAGUGCCAAAAUUAUGGCCACGUCUGGUGUUGUAGCUGUUAGGUUAAUUAUUCGGCACACACACAUCCCUAGGUUAAUACCUGUCAUAACAAGCAACUGUACCUCUAAGUCCGUCGCAGUUAGAAGGCGCUGUUUUGAAUUUUUAGAUUUGCUUUUACAAGAAUGGCAGACGCAUUCACUAGAACGACACAUAUCAGUAUUAGCAGAAACAAUAAAGAAAGGAAUACACGAUGCCGAUUCCGAAGCAAGAAUAGAAGCCAGAAAAUGUUACUGGGGUUUCCACAGUCACUUCAGCAGAGAAGCAGAGCACUUAUACCACACCUUGGAGUCCUCCUACCAGAAAGCCCUGCAGUCCCACCUGAAGAACUCAGACAGCAUCGUGUCUCUGCCUCAGUCUGACCGCUCGUCUUCCAGCUCUCAAGAGAGUCUAAAUCGGCCGCUGUCUGCCAAAAGAAGUCCUACUGGAAGUACCACGUCUAGAGGUUCUACAGUUAGUACCAAAUCUGUGUCAACGACUGGGUCUCUUCAGCGAUCUCGAAGUGACAUCGAUGUGAACGCAGCAGCCAGUGCCAAAUCCAAAGUCUCCUCGUCUUCGGGAACAACGCCUUUCAGCUCUGCUGCGGCUUUGCCUCCAGGGUCAUAUGCAUCCUUAGAGUCCAGACACAUGAGGGAAGACAUGGAGUACGUAGGCCUGGACUCAGAUGGUACUACCACUAAAGCGGAGGGUCGGAUCCGCACAAGACGGCAAAGCUCUGGGAGUGCCACCAACGUCGCCUCUACACCUUCUGAUAACCGGGGCCGCAGUCGCGCUAAAGUGGUUUCACAGUCCCAGCGAUCCAGAUCUGCUAAUCCUGCUGGUGCCGGCAGCCGGUCAAGUUCUCCAGGAAAAUUGUUGGGAAGUAGUUAUGGUGGACUUGCUGGGGGCUCCUCACGAGGCCCACCUGUGACACCAUCUUCAGAAAAGCGAAGCAAGAUUCCCAGGAGCCAGGGAUGUAGCCGGGAAACAAGUCCAAACCGAAUAGGAUUAGCACGGAGCAGCCGUAUCCCUCGACCCAGCAUGAGUCAGGGGUGCAGCCGCGAUACCAGCCGUGAGAGCAGCCGAGAUACAAGCCCUGCUCGGGGCUUUCCUCCACUUGCCUCUCGACGUCAUUCCAGGUCCACUAGUGCUCUCUCCACUGCUGAAUCUGUUGGGCAGUCAGAUCGGUUUGGGCUUGGCCAGCCAGGAAGAAUACCUGGUUCUGUGAAUGCCAUGAGAGUUUUGAGCACAAGUACAGAUCUUGAAGCUGCUGUUGCUGAUGCUUUGCUGUUAGGAGACUCCAGGAGCAAGAAGAAGCCUGUGAGGAGGAGGUAUGAGCCGUAUGGGAUGUAUUCUGACGACGAUGCCAACAGUGAUGCCUCGAGUGUUUGCUCUGAGCGCUCGUAUGGCUCCAGGAAUGGUGGCAUUCCCCAUUAUCUGCGGCAGACCGAGGAUGUAGCAGAAGUUCUCAACCACUGUGCUAGUUCAAACUGGUCAGAAAGGAAAGAAGGGCUUCUGGGCCUGCAGAACCUACUGAAGAGCCAAAGGACACUGAGCCGAGUUGAACUGAAAAGAUUGUGUGAGAUUUUCACCCGGAUGUUUGCUGAUCCUCAUAGCAAGAUUGCCGAUUCAGAAGCAGAAUGUGAGGAUAAAGAAGGAAAUUUGUUUCCAUCAGAAGUCUGUUGUACAAGAGUUUUCAGUAUGUUUUUGGAGACUCUUGUGGAUUUUAUAAUAAUUCAUAAGGAUGACUUGCAAGACUGGCUUUUUGUUCUUCUCACACAAUUACUUAAGAAAAUGGGAGCAGAUUUACUUGGAUCUGUGCAAGCAAAAGUCCAGAAGGCUCUAGAUGUCACCAGGGACUCCUUUCCAUUUGAUCAACAAUUUAACAUUUUGAUGAGAUUUAUUGUGGAUCAAACUCAAACUCCAAACCUCAAGGUCAAAGUUGCAAUCCUGAAAUAUAUUGAGUCUCUGGCCAGACAGAUGGAUCCAACAGAUUUUGUAAACUCUAGUGAGACAAGGCUUGCUGUUUCUAGAAUCAUAACCUGGACAACAGAACCAAAGAGUUCAGACGUGAGAAAGUCCUCGCUUCAGCGUAGUCGAGUAGGUGAGGAUUUCCCCACUAGGUCAGCUUCAACCUGCUCUGGGCCUGGAGAAGGAAACUUGGAAGAAAGUUGUAAACAGGCAGCACAAAUUGUGCUAAUCUCUCUGUUUGAAUUGAAUACUCCUGAAUUUACCAUGUUACUUGGUGCCUUGCCAAAAACAUUCCAGGAUGGUGCCACCAAACUCCUGCAUAACCACCUCAAGAAUUCCAGUAACACCAGUGUGGGCUCUCCAAGCAAUACAAUUGGCCGGACACCCUCCCGACACACCAGCAGCAGGACCAGCCCCCUGACCUCACCCACCAACUGUUCCCAUGGGGGUCUGUCUCCAAGUCGGUUAUGGGGUUGGAGUGCCGACGGCUUAGCGAAGCACCCACCUCCCUUUUCUCAGCCUAACUCCAUCCCCACCGCUCCCUCCCACAAGGCUCUCAGGCGCUCUUACUCUCCCAGCAUGCUGGACUAUGAUACAGAGAACCUGAACUCUGAAGAAAUCUAUAGUUCUCUACGUGGAGUUACAGAAGCCAUUGAAAAGUUUAGUUUUCGAAGCCAGGAAGAUCUGAAUGAGCCAAUUAAACGAGAUGGCAAAAAGGAAUGUGAUAUUGUGUCCCGCGAUGGGGGCGCUGCCUCUCCUGCCACCGAGGGCCGGGGGGGCAGCGAGGUAGAAGGAGGCCGGACAGCUCUGGAUAACAAGACCUCGCUACUCAACACCCAGCCUCCGCGUGCCUUCCCGGGGCCGCGGGCGCGAGAGUACAGCCCGUACCCCUACUCAGAUGCCAUCAACACCUACGACAAGACCGCCCUGAAGGAGGCUGUGUUCGAUGAUGACAUGGAGCAGCUUCGAGAUGUUGAAUAUUCAGAGUUGAGGUUUCUUAAAAGAACAUGGAGGAGAAAGGAUGUGCCUUUCUGCCAUAGAAACCGUGUUCACAGCCCUACAGUGCCCAUUGACCAUUCUGACCUGGUGGCUGACCUUCUGAAAGAGCUGUCCAACCACAACGAGCGGGUGGAGGAACGGAAAGGAGCCCUGCUGGAGUUGCUCAAAAUCACACGGGAAGACAGCCUUGGCGUCUGGGAGGAGCACUUCAAGACCAUUCUGCUCCUGCUGCUGGAGACCCUUGGAGACAAAGACCAUUCAAUUCGAGCACUGGCGUUGAGAGUUUUGAGGGAAAUUCUGAGAAAUCAACCAGCAAGAUUUAAAAACUACGCUGAGCUGACAAUUAUGAAGACUCUGGAAGCCCACAAAGACUCCCAUAAGGAGGUGGUGAGAGCGGCUGAGGAGGCUGCGUCCACACUGGCCAGUUCCAUCCACCCGGAGCAGUGCAUCAAGGUGCUCUGCCCCAUCAUCCAGACGGCUGACUAUCCCAUCAACCUUGCUGCCAUCAAGAUGCAGACCAAAGUCGUCGAGAGGAUCGCCAAGGAGUCGUUGUUGCAGCUCCUCGCCGACAUCAUCCCAGGCUUGCUGCAGGGUUAUGACAACACCGAAAGUAGUGUGCGUAAGGCCAGCGUGUUUUGCUUAGUGGCGAUUUAUUCCGUAAUCGGAGAAGACCUGAAACCUCACCUCGCACAGCUCACAGGGAGCAAGAUGAAGCUACUAAACUUGUACAUAAAGAGGGCCCAGACCACCAACAGCAACAGCAGCUCCUCCUCCGAUGUCUCCACGCACAGCUAAUAGCAGCGCCUGUCUCUUGUGUAGACCUAGAAGCAAUCGGUGGUGCCUCUCAGAGACCUCUCCCUACCCCUUCAUCGGCUGCCCAGUCAGUACAAGGAGGCCCACAAAUAUUUAUUACAAUCAGUAUUUUGGUCCCUUCCAGCUUUCCUGUAGAAUCUUACUGGUAUUGAAUGUAAAGGAAGCAAGGCCUGUAUUGCAGUCUUCAUACAAAACAAAAGGAAUAAGAGCAGAAAAGAGCCAUACUGAAACACGUCUUGUACAGCCUGCUGAGAUGGUGAAGCCGUGCGUGUGGGGUGCAGCUUCUAAAAAUCAGAGCGCUCUGGCCACUACUUGGUAGAAAGUAGCAUUUUUUUUUUCAGUUAAUAACAGAUUUGGGGGUGGGGUGGGGUGUUACUUUGUGUUCCUCCUCCUUAGCCUGUUUUCUUGUGAGUAUGGUCUGUGUGGGGCCCCGUUCACAGCCGACACCAUGAAAGGUGAUACGUCUUUAAGUUACGUUCUGAGACCUACUAAAAAUGGGAAUCAAGUCUUGGCAAGAACAGUCUGAAGACGGCCUUUUAACAAACGCUGGGAAUUUCGCUUGUCUUAUCCAGACUGGAGGCCAACCGCCCUGGCUUUUAGCGUAGAAUCAGAAGUGCAUCCCCUCAAUCUUCCAGCCCUCCCUAAUCAACUCCACAGAGGUCCCUACCCCAGAGCUUCCAUGCAAAGGAAUUCUUCAAGUUUAAAUCUGGUCACUAAAAUAAGAUAAAUGUAUGGCAUCAUUUAGGGAUGCCUGAGAUGGCAGUUCACGAAGCACAGAAGAUCAAAGAAAAGUCUUUCAUCUUUACUGCUGAGGUCCUUGGGAACACUGUUGUCACGGGGGUUCUGCCAGGACCGUCAUCCCUGGGCUACUUGGUGAUUCGCAUUUAGCACCAACUUCUUUCCUCUCCCUGACGCUCUCCCCAAGCUGUUCAGUUCUAACAUCGUCUCAGUUAAUCUGGGAAAUGGCAUCUGUACCAUCUUAAUUCUCCAUUUAAUGUGCGACUAAGAGCAAAGAAGAGCCUAGAGAGACUGGAUAUCACAAGUUUUUAAAUUUUAUAAACUGAAGUAGUUCCUUGAAUGUCUGCUGAUGAAAUAGUCACUGUUUAGGGAAAAAAUAAUUUUUCUGCAGAUUGCAGAAAAACAGGAUUAGAAACACACACACAUUUAGAGUCUCUCUUCCUUCCUCGAGGAACCAGUAGGCCCCCUUUAAAAACAUCUUUAGAACCUAAUCACUCCAAUAAAAGUAACUAGAGGUUUGGAGUCUGGUUAAAUAAAUUUUGAUUAAAAUUCUUAAGCCAAAUGGAAAUUCUUAAUCAGGAGGACUUCUAUUGUGUCUUACUGUUGUAUUAGAUCCUAUAAAUUGAGCUGAUUUUUCCAUAAGGAAAAUGCUUCUUUUGAGAUUAAUUCUAAUAAGGUAUUUGCUAUUCCGGUGCAGAGCCCACCGCAACUACUAGCACUGAAAGCAGAGGCUGAGAGCCAGAGCACGUGAUUCUCACCGUCAUUUCCACAGACCCCUCUGCCCUGGCCCUCUGGAUUGGCUGUAGGAAGCUGGGAAAGACUAACAUUGUAUUUGGAAACAUGCACUGAAAAUGAAGGCCCCAUAAUGCCCAGGAACAAUAAAGCCAGGGAACUGACCCGUGUGUGUGUGUGUGUGUGUGUGUGCGCGUGUGUGUGCGUGUGUGUGUGUGCGCGCGCGCGCGUGUGCGCCUUACGCGUGUGGUACCUCACUGCUGCUGUUUAAGGAACUUGAGAGGUACAUUUCAAGGGAUUGGGUAUCACUGACUGGCUUUGGCUCAAAAUAUAGCAGGACCAGGUCUUUCGUUGCUAAACACUGUUUGUUUGUUAGUAUGUCAAGAAUGGUAUUUCUCUUUUACACUCUACAAGUGAGUUAGGGAGUCUUUUGUUGAUCCCUCUGUUGUAGGUAUGUGUGUCAGCCUAGGUUAUCCAUGAGUUCCUUUAUGCCUAAUGCAGUUAGAAGGACCCUUCUCCUUGAGCUCUUUGACUCCCAGAAGGCCCCCCAGGUCCCAGUGUACUUAGAAAAGAUCUCGAACAUUGCUGGACGUCCUCAUAGUACUCACCAAGGGCUAGCCUCGAAUGUCACUUGCCCAAUCUUCAGUCUCCUGACUUAGAGAGAGAUACAAUCACGUCACAGGUCUCUUGGCCUCAAUCUGAAAACUGCUGCCUCCGCGCCGAGGAGACUCGCAUGCCGCCACCACCUCACUGGGAGGGUGCCGAGCCCACCUUCGCCCCCCAGACCCUGACAGCUGCAGCUGCCUUGCCUUGCCGCCGCCUCCCUGCAGGGCCCCUGUUCCAAUGAAAAACAGAACACAGAGCACCUAAGCCUGUCUCUGCCUCCCUGUCUACCUGACUGGCCAGGGCCCUAGGACCCCUGCUGCUCCACUGUGGGCCGGGCAGUCUGACUUCCUGCUUCCUGCAAGCUGCUGCCUCCCCUGCAGCCAGGGUCUGGGCAGGGUGCGGCCGGUCCUCGGGGCACGCAGCUUCCUUCAAGUGCACUGUGUGUGCUUCCCGGACCUGCGGCGGAUGCCACGGGCCUGCCUUUUCUAUGCGCCUCACUAGCUUACCACCCUGUGCAGGUAAUGCGACUGACUUCAUUGUCUCAUCAGUCUUUUUCUUUCCCUGCCACCCUUUAUUUAUCAAGCAUAAUGUUACACUUUAAAGGUCAGCAAAUAAGAACUUUGUAGAAUCCCACCAGGACUUUGCUAACAAUGAUGUUUGGAAAUUUAAAAAAUGCUCUGAAAAAUAUCAGCCACCAAAAUCGUUUUGUUGGCACUGUGUUCACACGCAUGGUCCCCACACCCCCAGAUUGGGAGGGUUUUUUUUGUUUUUUGGGGGUUUUUUUGGGCUUUUUCAUGUUACAUCCAUAUCUGUAUUUAUAUCUUAUUUGUUUCACUUUCAAGUGUAUCAUGGCAAAUGUACAGAUUUUUUUGUUAAUAAUGUGCUAGGAUUUGCUAAAAAAGAAAACAAAAAAAAAAACCCUUUUGAGUUUGCCCUAGAAUAAAAGACUUAAUUCAG